AUGGAGGAAACAAACAUUCCGCAUUAUUCCACCGCCGAUCUUCUUCCGGACUCUUCCUCCGCCGCUAUUCGCUCUCACCAGCCGUCUGAUGGAAUCAGCAAUGAGGAAGCCGAAUCGUUUCAUAAGAAGGAAAACUGUUCUGGGCACAAGCUGGAAGAAAUGUCUGGUGGUGACAUAAUCCCUGAAAAUGGUAAAGUUGAUUCAAGUUACAAGACAGGAUUCCAUUGCCAUCAAUAUCAGCGGAGGAUGAGUUUGACAUCGAUUGUGGCGCUGGAGCCUCCUUCAACUCACGAUUCUCCCAUUAGGAGAAUCAUCGAUCUCGGCAGUGGAAGCAAUCUCAUCUACAUUCAGAGGUUUCUUCCUUUUCAACGAUCUUGGAAUUUCUUUGAUUAUCUCGACAACCAUAUUCCUUGGACCAGGCCCACCAUUCGCAUCUUUGGUCGAUCUUGCCUCCAGCCGAGAGAUACUUGCUACAUUGCAAGUAGCGGAUUGACCGCGCUGGUUUAUAGUGGAUAUCGACCUAAUGCCUAUUCUUGGGAUGAUUUCCCACCUCUUAAGGAGAUUCUGGAUGCUAUUUACCAAGCGCUUCCUGGAAGCAGAUUCAACAGCUUGCUUUUAAAUAGGUACAAAGGGGCCAAUGACUAUGUGGGUUGGCAUGCAGAUGAUGAAAAGCUAUAUGGUCCAACUCCCGAAAUUGCUUCAGUCUCGUUUGGAUGCGAACGUGAUUUUGUGUUGAAGAAAAAGAAACACGAAGAAUCUUCCCUUGAGAAAACAGGGGAUGGUGGAUCAGCGAGGAAGAGGUUAAAGAGAAGUAGCAGAGAUGAUCAACAAAGUUUGACAUUGAAGCAUGGAUCGUUGCUGGUAAUGAGGGGAUACACGCAAAGGGAUUGGAUUCAUUCCGUACCAAAGCGUGCAAAGGCAGAGGGCACUCGUAUCAACCUCACCUUCAGGCUUGUUAUGUAA